AUGGCAUGUAUACAAGAAAAAAAAGUCUCUGUCUUUCAGCAGCUCUUUUAUUCCACCGUUCUCUCUUUCCCCCUCUCACUCUUUCCACCUCUCACUCUUUCCACCUCUCCCUUUCCACCACUCUUUCUUUCCGUCUGUAUCUCUCUUUCCACCUCUCUUUCUUUCCACCUCACUCUCUUUCUACCUCUCUCUCUUUCCACUGCUCUCUCUUCCCAUCUUCCCUUACUUUCCACCUCUCUUUUCCACCUCUGUCUUUUCAUCUCUCUAUUUCCACUUCUCUCGCUUUCCACCUCUCUAUCUUCUCGCCUCUUACUUUCCACCACUCUCCCUACCUUUCUCUUCCACACCUCUCUUUCCACCUCUCUCUUUCCAUAUCUCUUUCCACCUUUCGGUCUUACCACCUUUCUCAUUCCACCUCUCUGUUUCCACUUCUCUGUCUUUCCACCUUUCGCUUUCCACUUCUCUGUGAUUGCGUGCAGCUGUCUUUAA